ACGAAAAUUGAAUAAAGUGCGUGCGUGAUCUGGCAACGCUAGCCGUCAGCUGCUUUUUACUGAUAAGCGUUUUGUAGUUCUGAAUACAUGUGUGGUGUGGUUGGGUGCGCCGCGUCGUGCUGUGCGUUGCUGUAGUGAUAUUAACAUUCCAAAUUUUCUGCUGAUAAUCUAUCCCUAAACGUAACAUUGUACAAAGGGCGAUCAACAUGGAAGUAACAGAGUUGGAAGUGAACAAGACUAUGCCAUUAGACUCGUCUAUGCUCGUUUGUAAUUUUUCGCUCCGGCAGGUGGAGGAAAUCGCUUUAAGCAUCGCCAAUCGUUGCAAGGUGACGGGCAUUAAUGAGAUAUCGUGGGCUCUUAAGGCUCUGACGCUAACGGAUCUAACAACGCUUGCUGGAGAUGACACCGCUUCGAAUGUGCGCCGCCUUUGCUUGCGUGCCGUUUAUCCUUUCGAGCCGGAGUUUUUUGACAAGUACUUCGAGCGUGGCCUCAUUGGCACAAUCCACACUGCCGCCGUUUGUGUUUAUCCGGCACGUGUUAAAAACGCAUAUGAGGCCCUGAAGCAGUUCGAUAAGUUAGACACUGUUGCCAUUGCAGCUGUGGCCACGGGCUUUCCCACUGGCCAAUACGGACUACAGACGCGUCUUCAGGAAAUAAGCCACGCUAUACUGGCGGGUGCCACUGAAAUCGACAUUGUGAUCAAUCGCCAAUUGGUGUUAGUGGGCGACUGGGAGGGGCUCUAUAACGAGGUGGUGCUCAUGCGCAGCGCCUGCGGUACACGUGCCCACCUGAAGACUAUUCUGGCCGUUGGCGAGCUUGGAACUAUGGAGAAUGUCUAUAAGGCCUCCAUGGUCUGCAUGAUGGCUGGCGCCGAUUUUAUCAAAACAUCGACUGGAAAAGAAGUAGUCAAUGCCACUUUGCCUACAGGCUUGGUCAUGAUUUAUGCCAUACAGGAGUUCAAUCGUCGAACUUGCCGAAUUGUAGGCUUCAAGCCAGCUGGUGGUGUGAGAACGGUGCGUGACGCGUUCGCCUGGAUGACUCUGGUUAUGGAAACCCUGGGCAUGGAAUGGCUGAAACCCGCACGGUUUCGCUUUGGCGCUUCGGGGCUGCUCGAUGAUAUCGAACGUGUGGUGCGCGAAGGCAUAGCGAAGAUUAAGGACACAGAGGACGGCGAUGAAGAGGAGGGUCUCGAGGAAGACGCACAAAGCAAAGGCGAUGUCUAGGAGAACGUGACAACUAUUUACAUAUUUGUAUAUAUAUAGAUGCGCACAAUUUAUGCCUUAUUUUUAAACCCUAAUAAGUGAAUUUAUAGUAAAUUUUUGUGUCAUAAUAUAUUUUUGUAUGUAAUAAAAUAAAACAACAAUAAAAUUUAAAAAAUAAUGAAACAAG